CUGGCACAGCGAAUUGUUGAAGGCAUCUCGCUUGUCAGCAGGGACAAUGAAGAACAACCAUGGUGGCAUGCUACUGAGCCACAUGGCACCCAGAUGGCAACACUUAUUUGCUCUAUAAACCCUUUCUGCGAACUUUACGUUGUCAAAGUCGCCGAGUCAAACGCGUCUGGAAUAACGGGGCAUAAUGCUAUUGACUGGGCACGAACUAAAGGGGUAGACAUAAUAUCCCUCAGCCUCGUUACCUUCUCAGACCCGAAUAAAGACAUGGCCGCUGCUAUCCAAGCAGCCAAAAGAGAUGAUAUUGUCAUCACUUGCAGCACCGCAGAUGAGGGCAGCAUAGUUGCUCGCUCGGUGGGCGAGAAAAAAAACGACAGCGUCCUAUCAAUUGCCGCAUGUGAUAAAUGGGGUAACUUACUCCCUCAAAGUCAAAAAACGGGCUUCACAUACCAAUUCAUUGGUCAUAACGUCCAUGUCGGCCAAGUACCCUAUUUAGAAUCUGCUGAAUCUAUUGAGGGGAGCUCGGUCUCAACCGCAGUCGCUGCAGGAAUGGCUUCACUUAUUUUGGCAUGUGCUCGGAUUUCA